AUGAAAAUUCUUAAUCCUCAAGAAUGGCUAAAAGACAAGGAAUCUUUAAUGCUUUAUGGUGAAUUAGAAUUGGAAGAAUUAGUUUCAGUUUAUGGGAAAAAAUAUUUACCAGAUUAUCCUUUAGGUGUUAUAGAUUCUGUUGCUGUUCAAGAAGAAUGGUUUGGGUUUAAAAUAGUGGUAGAUUCAAAUUAUCAAGAUUUAGCUAUAGAUGAUUUAUUUCCUUUAUUAUAUGAUAAUUAUUUAGAUAAAGAAAAGAAAGAAGAACUACACCUAAACAUGUAUAGUUUCCUUUAUGAUUGUAUUGAAUUAAAUAACAAAUGA